AUGGAGAUGAGACAGGUCUGCAUGGUGGACGAUCCAGUACCAGAAGACACGACUGCACAGUCCCCACGCAAGGUACGUGUUACCCCCAUCGUUCUUCGUGAUGCUUCGAGAUGGCGAGGCGUAAAUCACAAGUUUAUUUCCUUGGGCAUCAAAUUCGAUCGCGCGGUUGCCGUCGAUGCAGGAAUCAGGAUAAUUCCCAAGUCCGAGGAUGAUUACCGCAGGAUUGUUCGUCUCUUCAGGGAGGAAGAGGUGCCCCAUCACACUUUCCCUCUACCCUCCGAGAGGAACAUUCAUGCUGUAAUCAGAGGAGUACAUGCGACACUUUCGGAAAUUGAGAUCAAGGAAGAGUUGCAACAGAGGGGAUAUUCCCCCCUGCACAUAAUUCGCCUGAAACGCGGUGGCGGCGUGCCCAUGCCUUUGGUGGUAGUCAUACUGCCCAAGAUAGAAAAAUCUCAGGAGCUGUUCAACGAACACGAGCUGCUAGAAACUAAGUCGGCAAGAAAAAGAAAGCAAUGGCAGUCUGAUGAUAUGCGCAAAGCAAUUGAAGAUGUUAGAAGUAACAGGUUGGGCUAUUUGUCAGCUGCAAAACGUUAUGACGUUCCACGAGCAACACUUUAUCGCUUGUGCAAUAAAGAAGGUUCUCCUGAUACUGUUUGCAGUACUACAUUAGGCCGAAAAACAGCUUUGCCACCGGAAUUGGAAACAGAACUAGUGAACUAUUUGUUGAUCAUGGAUCAAAUGUAUUAUGGAUUAACCAGAAAAGAUUUGCGAUCCAUGGCUUUUCAGCUGGCUCGACGCAACAGCCUUCCACAUCCAUUUUCAUUUUUACGGGAAUCAGCUGGAAAAGACUGGUUGUAUGGUUUUAUGAAAAGGCACAAAGCUUCUUUGAGCAUUCGAAAACCAACUGGCACUUCUCUAAAUAGAGCUCUCGGUUUUAAUAAGGAAGACGUCAAUGAGUUUUUUUAA